CCAGGAGGCGGAGGUUACAGUGAGCCAAGAUUGUGCCAUUGUACUCCAGCCUGGGCAACAAGAGCAAAACUCCAUUGGAAAAAAAAAAAAAAAGGACAGCCUGUUAAAGAAAUGGUGCUCCCCUCGUCUCCUCCAAGAUGGCGAGCGGCAGCAGAGGGGGGGUGUCAGUGCCUGCGCUGUGGAGUGAACGGUAUGGCCAGAACGGCGACUUCACGUGCGCUCUCAAGACCGUCAAUAAGAUACUACAGAUCAACAAAGAUGACGUAACUGCCCUUCAUUGUAAAGUGGUAUGCCUUAUCCAGAAUGCAAGUUUCAAGGAAGCUUUGAAUGUCAUCAAUACUCACACCAAAGUGUUAGCCAAUAACUCUCUCUCCUUUGAAAAGGCAUAUUGCGAGUACAGGCUGAACAGAAUUGAGAAUGCCUUGAAGACAAUAGAAAGUGCCAACCAGCAGACAGACAAACUGAAGGAGCUUUAUGGACAAGUGUUAUACCGUUUGGAACGCUAUGAUGAAUGCUUAGCAGUAUAUAGAGAUCUCGUCCGAAACUCCCAAGAUGAUUAUGAUGAGGAGAGGAAAACAAACCUUUCAGCAGUUGUUGCAGCACAAAGCAAUUGGGAAAAAGUGGUUCCAGAGAACUUGGGCCUCCAAGAAGGCACACAUGAGCUGUGCUACAACACUGCAUGUGCACUGAUAGGCCAAGGCCAGCUGAACCAGGCCAUGAGAAUCUUACAAAAAGCUGAAGAUCUUUGCCGCCGUUCAUUAUCAGAAGACACUGAUGGGACUGAGAAAGACCCACAGGCAGAAUUGGCCAUCAUUCAUGGUCAGAUGGCUUAUAUUCUGCAGCUUCAGGGUCGAACAGAGGAGGCUUUGCAACUUUACAAUCAAAUAAUAAAACUAAAACCAACAGAUGUGGGAUUACUAGCUGUAAUUGCAAAUAACAUCAGUACCAUUAACAAGGACCAAAAUGUCUUUGACUCCAAGAAGAAAGUGAAAUUAACCAAUGUGGAAGGAGUAGAUUUUAAACUUUCCAAGAAACAACUACAAGCUAUAGAAUUUAACAAAGCUUUACUUGCUAUGUACACAAACCAGGCCGAACAAUGCCUCAAAAUAUCUGCCAGUUUACAGUCCCAAAGUCCCGAGCAUCUCUUACUUGUGUUAAUCCAAGUUGCCCAGCUCUGCCGUGAAAAGCAGCACACAAAAGCAAUAGAGCUGCUUCAGGUAAAAUAAUUACCUGAAUGAGGUGUCAGGCAUUUGCAGCUUUGUUUCAUUUUCAUUGUGUUGUAAUAACCUACUAGUAUGUAAAUUUAAUGGGAAAACUA